ACGAAGAAAUUGGGCAGGAGCAGAGCGCGCGCUAUAUAGCAUUAUGGAGAAAGAGAAUGAAGAAAUGAAAUAGAUGAGAAGGCCUGUUAUAGUGAAAUAAGCUGAGCUGAGGUGCCCUUAAACGUUAGACAGCUGACAGCCGUCUGUUUCGAGGAGUUUUUAAAAACAUUUUUAAUUUUUUUAAUAUCUCCUGGCCUCGUACUUGGUGAGUGGAUAUAGCCAACGGAGUUACUUGAUCUAGGCUACUUCACUUUAGCGCGCGGAUCGCGGAACAACAAACAUAACAUUUAACAGAGUCAGACCGAAGCUUCGAACUUCACGUUUCUCCACUUUGCUUUCACGACGAUAGUUCUGAAAUUUCCGUGAUAAAAUACAAAGUAAGAUUGGACUUUUUUUCAGUAGUAUUCAAACAUUAGGCCUACAUUGUAGGUCUUUGAAGAAUACAAAAUGCCAGAAACCAUCAACCCAUGGAGCAACAGACAGCCUUCUCCAGCCCAGGUAUGUAACAAAGAUGGCCUGUCCCCUCAUGACGUGCUCGUGUCUCAGCAGCGCACUCUGGAGUUCGACGCUGUAGGUGGCAACCCGAAUGACCAGCAACGCGGCAAGGAAUCCGGAGAUGCAAAGCAGGAGAAAUCCGAAGGAUGUCCCGCAAGAUGCAGUUCCUGCUGCCACCAGCUCUGCAGACCCUGUCUGGUGGAUUUUCAUCCUUUGCCCUCACAGCCCACACGCUGCCAAAGGUUCCGAUACUUCCUGAUGUGCCCUCCGCAUGGUGACCUCGCAAGGUGGUUGACAAUUCUUCUCCUUGUAGUUCUGACUUGGGUUGUCUUGUGGGCUGUGACUGGGAGUGAAGCCUUACCUGGUGGGAAUCUCUUUGCUCUGUUCAUCCUGGUCGUGUCUUGCAAGGCUGGUGGAUUAGCUGUCGAGGUCAUCAAAUUACCGGCUCUGCUGGGAAUGCUUAUUGUGGGUUUCAUGCUUCGAAAUAUACCAGUUAUCAACGUAGCAUCGGACAUCUAUCCGUCAUGGUCAUCGUCUCUUCGAGACAUGGCUCUCGUCAUCAUACUCCUUCAGGCUGGUAUUGGAUUAGAUGCUAGCGCGCUCAAGAGGCUGAGUAUGGUUUGUGUUCGUCUGUGCUGUAUGCCGUGCAUAGCGGAGGCCUGUACGGCCGCAAUCGUCUCACAUUUUCUGCUUGGCUUCCCGUGGCCCUGGGGCUUCAUGCUGGGAUUCGUGCUUGGAGCUGUCACCCCAGCUGUGAUUGUACCUUCUUUACUGGGGUUGCAAGCCAGAGGUUAUGGGGUAAGGCAAGGCAUACCAACCCUCGUUAUAGCGGCAGCUAGCUGCGACGACGUCCUUGCCAUCGGUGCUUUCGGAGUGAUCCUGGGCAUCGCAUUUGCAAAAGGUGAUAUCAUUUACAGUAUUUUCAGGGGUCCUCUGGAGCUGGUAAUGGGAGUAACCUUCGGCUGUUCGGCAGGACUUCUUCUUUGGUAUAUCCCUGAUCAAAACCAGACCUGGUUAUCAAAGAAGCGUUUCAUCCUGUUGGUCUAUGGUGGUAUCUUUGCCAUCUUCGGUAGCGGUGCUGCUCACUAUCCCGGUGCUGGUGCUCUCGGUUGUCUUACCAUGGCGUUCAUUGCCGGACACAGAUGGAAAGAGGGAAAGGAAGGAGUAAAUAGAUUGCUGUCCUAUCUGUGGCUUCUGUUUGAGCCCCUCCUCUUUGGUUUGAUUGGAGCCGAAGUAUCUAUUUCAUAUCUAGAUCCUGCUACAGUAGGUUUAGGCUUUGCUACCCUCGUCAUAGGACUAUGUGUUAGAAUGAUAGUUUCGGCGUUGGCUGUUACUGGGGCCGGUCUGACGUGGAAAGAAAAGUUGUUUGUCUCCCUCGCUUGGUUACCUAAAGCAACUGUACAGGCUGCCAUAGGUUCUGUUGCUCUGGAUACAGCAAGAGACAGAGGAAAUGAAGAGGAGUUAGAAAUAUAUGGAAUACAGUUGCUCACGGUGGCUGUCCUUUCAAUUCUCUUCACUGCACCUCUCGGAGCCGUCCUGAUCUCCCUGACCGGUCCUCGUCUUCUCAGGUGUGCCCCUCCAACCCAGCCAAACCCAACGAGAGACAUCCCAGAGGCAGAAGAAACUCAACCAAGAUAUGAACCAACCAGAGGUGGCAGUUGUAGAGAGGAGCCUCCUAGGGAAAAUAAUGUUUUGUUGGAACAAGGCGCGGUGGGUGAAAAUUCAGUGUGAAUGUUCCUGAGCUAUCGGCUGCUUUGAGCUGUUCGGAUGUGGACCUUGUUCACAUUGCCAGGAAGUGCUGUGCAAUGUCGUGGAUUGCUUUUUUUUUUGUUGGAACAAGGCACAGAGGAUGACAAUCAAGUGUGAAUGGUGCUAAGCCAUUAGCUGCUUUGAACUGUUUGGAUGUGGACCUUGUUCACAUUGACAGGAAGUGCUGCACAAUGUCAUUGAUUGCUCUUUUUUGUUGGAGCAAGGCACAGAGAAUGACAUUCAAGAGUGAAUGGUGCUAAGCCAGUAGCUGCUUUGAGCUAUUUGGAUGUGGACCUUGUUCACAUUGAACAGGAAGUGCUGUGCAAUGUCAUGGAUUCGUUUGGUGGAACAAGGCGCAGGGAGACACCUUGAUGCAUGUGCAGCGCUUGGAACUGCAUCAUCACAUAUAUAUAGAAUGUGUACUUUGCUGGUUGUAUGCAACACUACAAGCGUCUGAUCAUGCAAUAUUUGUACCAUCUCUCACGUACAGGUACCAUCCAAAUUUCAUGUCAACGUAUGUCACAAUAAAAUCAAAUGCAGGAAAGACGAGAAAGUGAAACUUUAUUAUUACCCCAUCUUUAGCGCAAGCUACCACUCUAUCAGCGCUCAGUGCAUUCAAGGAAUAUAUUUAUAUUGGCCACGUUAUUCUUGCCACUUAUUUCCUUUAGCAUAAAAUUUGUAAAUAUAUGAAAAUAUGUAAUACAAGUGAAAAAGUUGAUAAGUCUCCAUAACUUGGAAAAACCACAUGAGGCUGUAUUCAACAUAUUUAUUAUAUAAAAACAAAUCCUAUUACAUAUGUCAUGGAAUACAGGAAACUGCAUUGAUGUAGGUGAUUGUUGGGGGAGUCGUGCAAGCAACCUCCAUUUAUCUUUCUUCCUCCAUUAUUUUACGUGCGUAAAGGAUGAGUGAUCUGCUUUCUCCCUCCCCCAUUAUUGAUUAUGUUGAGGAAGGGCAGCUGGGUAGCUAAGGGCAGCUGAAUAUUCAAUGAAAUAAACGGUCAGUGAUUUUUACGGUGUACCGUGUAAAUAUAAACAUUAAUAUGACUAUAUGUUAUAAACUACUGAAAUCCUUAAAUCUUUUUGGCUGAGGGCUAAAUUGUCAGUGAAAAUCACUAUUUGUCUCCUGCAAUGUUUCCCUGUUAAUGAUAACUAAACAUCCUAACUUAAAAAGAUUCAAAUUUCUUAUGAACAUUGAUGCUAAAUAGGCUUUUGCUUUUUAAAGGGAUGGUCCAGGCUGGAAAUAUUUAUAUCUCAAUGAAUAGUGUAAAAUUCACAGAAGAAAAAUGCUGAAAAUUUGACCAAAAUCGGAUUUAUAACAAAUAACAGUUAUUGAAUUUUAAAGAUUUGCAUUAUUCUGGUGAAACGGUUCUUGGCAUGUCUUAUGAAUAUUCAUUAGGUGGGCUGAUGAUGUCAUAUCCCCACUUAUUUUUAUGUAUUUUAUUAUAUUAAAUUAUUUUUAAUCAAAAUGUUUCUUCCAAGAACACUGAAACAAUUGGAUUGACAUCUGAUUAAGUGCAUUAGUUAUUUAUUGCCGCAACUUAUUUCAUUAUAAUGGAGUCACAUCAUUUACACAUGUAUGAAAAAAUAUAGGUCUGAUUUUAUGUUUUCUAAAUGUGUAAGCCACCUUGAAAUUUAAAUGAUAAUUUAUAGCAGUUGUGUAUUAGAAACUGUAUUUUUACUAAAAUUGUACUGUACUUACUUCAUUCAAGACAACUUCGAACUGAUGGGCCUUUUUUUUCUGACUCACUCUAUAUCUUAUCUGCCUACAUGUACAUGUAUAAUACUGUCCUAUUUUCUCCAAUCUCAAUCUCCUCUCUCCCCCCUCUCUCUCUCUUUCCCAUCUUUUUUCUCUCCCCAUUGUUUUCUGUGCAAAUCUUUCACUCGAGGAGAGUAGUCAGAAAAUGCAGUUUAAAGUCCCUGUUGAUGAUUUUGUGUACAGAAGGUCCUACUCAAUGAGGAAAUUGAAACAACAGGGCCCUGUUGCAUAAGUUGUGCUUUUCUUGUGUGAAAACCUCCUUUUUCGAUUGAGUUCCAAUCAGGGUCUGUGCCUGAAGACUACCCCCUCUCUCUUAGUCUCUUUGUCCCCCCCCCUCUCUCUCUCUUGUUUCCUCUUUGGAUAAGAAGUCCAGAAAUAUUUCUCAGGUUGCAUGUGCGUACAGAAUAUACUUUUUGUACUUCUUGACAAAACCCCCCCCACACAAAUCAAUGCAAUAAGCAAUCAUCUUUAGUUUUACUGAGCAUAUAAAUCUGAGUUUAUGAUUCAUCAUAACAACAUAUACAAAAAUAAUCUUUGUUUUCAUAAACGGAGAGUAACUGAUCAACAAUCACUUGAGCCAGCAUUGCAAUAGACAGGGUAUUAAAAUGAUUGGAUUACCUUUUUACUCAAGUGACUUCCUACAAAUAAUGCACAAAAGUUUUAUACGCAACAAACAUAUUACAUAAUUAUUUCACAUUGAAGAAAAAAAAGAUUGGAGACUGUGCUAUUACCAAAUUACAAUAUGAUCGUACAUGUGUGUUGUAAGUUUAGAAGAGAGGAUGAUUUAGCAGUAUUUAAAUUGAAUCAUUUACAUAAACAGCUGGAUUUUUAUUGCUUGGUAAAUAAAGGUAAGUAAAUAGCGUUCAAGCGUUUAUUUCAACCAUAGAAUCCUCUUCCUCAAUGGCCUAUCAACAUCAUUGUUGCAUGCACAUUUUGCCCAGUAGACUGACUAGGAACCAAUCAGAAUCGCUCUUCCAAAUUAGUGAUAAAUCACUAACUUUUGUGUUACGGGGCCCUGGGGCCCAUUUCAUGUUAAGUGUCAUAACUCCAGCUGACACGUGUUAAUUUCUAUGGAUAGCCUAUUUGAUGCAUCCUAUUCGUAAUUGCAAAUUCUUAAUUGCUCUUUAGUCUUUCUUUUAUGAUUUUAUUUUCUAUAUGUAUUUUUUUUCCUUUCUACUGUCCACAUUUACCCUGUACAAAUUAUUGUAAUCCUGCAAUAAAAGAAAAGGUACAAAGUUGAAUCUUUUAGCAAUAAAAUGAUAAGAAAUGGUAUUAGCAUGAAUUUA